AUGGCUAACGACGCCUCGAGCAGCAUCAUGCCGACCCGCCCGCCGCCCGCCUACGAGCUAUCCUUCGCCGUGGAGGCUAAGCUGGGCCACGGGGAGGUAAUCUACGUCUGCGGCUCCUGCCCGUCCCUGGGCGCUAAGGACCCCUCCCGCGCUCUGCGGCUGGUAACCGACCCGUCGAGCUACCCCGUGUGGAGCUCGGGGCCAGUCCCGGUGCCCCUUAACAAGAAAGUCACGUACCGGUACUGCGUGGUUGCCGGGGGGAAGCUCAAGCGGUGGGAGGACAUCUCCGUAGACAGGGAGUUGGAUCCGGUGACAGAACCAUCAGCGGCCACGGCGAUCGUAGAGGAUGUUCUGGACAAGUACAAGGGGAAGGGGGGUGGGGGAUUCCUUGGGGGAUUUUUCAGGGGGUCGCGGGUGCCAAAGGGAGACAUGAGGAGAUCGGUCAAGUUUGCGGCUGCCAACCGCACCAGUCUACAGGCCAGCAUGAUGGCUCUCAGAGCGAAGACGGCGGCGAAGGAGAAGUCGUCAGCCAUCACAAAGCGUGAUGGCGUAGUUGUCGUAAGCUUCUUCCUCCCGGUCUUGCUCAGCAAGGACGAAGGCGGGAGGUGGGUGGUCGAGUGGGACUACGAGAGCCUCCUCAGCCUGCACUCGACGGACGUGGACAUGCGGGGUAUACUGUGGCCAGUUUUUCACCACGUGGUGGACGUCUACGGAGAUCAGGUGAUGCGGUUCUUCACGCAGGACACCAUGGCGGACCUGUGGCAGUGCUACGCGAACGUGAACCGGAGAUUUAGGGACAAGAUAGUCGAGGUAUACAACGAGGGUGACAUGAUCUGGGUGCACGGCUUCCACCUGCUCCUGCUGCCGUCUUUCCUGACGAGGGUGUUGAGGACAGCCAGGGUGGGUCUGUUCCUACACACACCCUUCCCGUCCUCCGAGAUCUUCAGGACCUUGCCCUUCCGAGAGGACUUGCUGAGGGGCAUGCUUAACGCUGAUCAGAUCGGGUUCCACCUGUUCGAGUACGCUAGACAUUUCAUCACGUGCUGCAAGAGAAUACUGGGGCUGAACGAGGGGGAUAGCACCAACCGAGGCAACCGGAACGUGUACUACAAUGGGAGAUGCGUGUCCAUCGAGUCCAUCCACGGGGGAAUCGAGCCCUCGAUCAUCGCGGCCAAGCUGGGGCACACGGACAUUGCCGGCCGCGUGGCUGCGCUUAGGAAGGAAUACGACGGCCGCUAUGUCUUCUUAGGCAUCGACAAGGUGGAGCGACUCAAGGGCUUACAGCUCAAGUUUACGGCGUUCUACAAGCUCUUGCUGGAGUACCCCCACCUCGCCGACACCAUCGUGCUGCUGCAGCUCGGCAUCUCCGUCAGCGAGCGCGAGCAGGACUACCACAAGUGCUUCUCGGAGCUCAGUACCCUCGCAAAGAAGAUCAACUCCGAGUUCGCCCCGAGCCCUGAUCGGCCCGUGCUUGUUCUAGAGCUGGAGGACGAGAACAGCUUCACGCUGAAUCGGCGGAUCCCCUACCUCUGCCUGGCAGACUGCCUCCUCAACACCUCCGUCAGGGACGGGCUGAACAGCCUCCCUUUGGAGUACGUGCAGGUGCAGGGGGCCACGAGAGUCGACAACCCGGGCGUGUUGAUGCUGAGCGAGUUUACGUCCGCCAUGAGGGUCAUGCGCGGCGCCAUCCGCAUCAACCCCUGGAAGGUGGAAGAAGUCGCCCACGUUAUGGCGGAGGUGGUCCAAGUGAUGACGGUGAAGAGGAGGAAGGAGAGGCUGUCGGAGUGCCUCGAGUACGUCAACACCAACACCACCUCCUACUGGGCGGCCCAGAUCCUCAUGGACCUCAAGGCCGUGGGCAGUUCAUCGAACAGGAGCAUCAUGUCUCCGGUCGGUCUUGGCCUCAACUUCAGGGUGGUCGGGAUGGAGUCGAACUUUAGCCUGCUGGACGUAGCCGCGUUGAUGCGUGGUUACCGCUCGGCGAAGAGGCGAGUCAUCUUCCUGGACUACGGCGGAACGAUCUGCACCACUCCCAAGAGGAGCAUCGCGUACUACGCUCACGCCAACAAGAACCUUGGCCUGGCAGCCGAGCACGGCCUGCACUUCCGAUUCCCCGGCGAGCUGAAGAUGUCCGGAGGCCACUUGGACACUGGGGGUUCUACAGAUACGGAGAGGGAUCCGUCGUUCGUGAAGCGAAAAUGGGAGACGCUGGUGGCUCUUCGAGAUCAGAGCUGGAAGCAGCUCACGAGGACAAUCAUGAACUUGUACGCUCAGCGCACGAACGGGACGUACGUGGUGAACAAGGGCUCGGCUCUGCUGUGGCAGUUCAGGGACGCCGACCCUGAGUUUGGCUGGCUACAGUCCAAGGAGCUGGAGGACCACCUGACCACGGUGCUCAAGCCCUUCAGCGUGGAGAUCCUGCGGGGCACGUCGGAUGGGGAUGGGGGGUACAUCGAGGUCCGCCCCGGGGGGGUGAACAAGGGGGCCUUCGUGUCGGCUAUCUUGUCCAGACAGGUCGAGAUGGACCUUAUGCCGGACUUCAUCCUGGCCAUGGGAGACGAGGAGUCGGACGAGAUGAUGUACGAGGUGGUGAAAGACUUCAGCAGGGGGGUCAAGGGGGAGGAGCCCGGCACGCCGGACGCGACGGCGACGACCACGCAGGGGGGACCCACUUCCCCGGGGCGGCGGGGCUCCUAUCAGGUCGGUGCGACUGCGGCGGUGCUCAUCGCCUCCGCGGCCGCCGAGCUAAAGCGCCAGCAGGAAGAGCAGCUGGAGAAGGAGGUGGCGGAGGCGGAGGCCCGCUCGGGGGGUAUGGGGUCCCAGUCGCAUUCUGCGGGCCGCCUUCCCUCCGCCACCAUGGUGUCGGCGUCCGCCCCCGCAGACAUCAACGCGGCCACGAUAGCGGUCAUGGCCGGCCUCGAAGAAAAGUUCUCAACCGCCGGACUAGGGGAGGAGAAGAGCGUGGACGGCAUGAUGGAGCACGAGGCCUACUUCCCGCUGUCCGGGGGCAGCGACGGCGGCGGCGGGGGCAUCCAGAGGGGGCGGGCGUCCAGCCUGGUGGAGCCAGGGAGCGGCGGCGGGGCCGCGACGGCCAUGAAGCCGACGUCGUUGACGAUGAAGGCGAGGGUUGGCCCGGGGGCCCCGCGGUGGAGAGGGGGCGUGUUGGGUACUCCUGGGAUGGGGUCGUCCCCCGGUUCGGGUAGCAUCGUCGGGGCCGGGAAGCUGGGGGUGCAGUGUUUCACGUGCACGGUCGGGAAGAAGCCUAGCCAGGCCAGGACGUACGUGAACGACAUCGAUGAGGUUCUGGAGAUGUUGAGAGGACUGGUGAAGGUAUCGUUGUCAGUGUCGAGGAACUACUCCACCUCGCACCUGAGCGACAUGCGGGGUCGCGGCCGGGGGGGCUCCGCGAACUACGACGACUUGUCCCUCAUCUCGGCGCAAUUCCACGCCGAGGCUUCCGGAAAACUCGACGCUUCCGGGCAAGGGGUGCCGGGAUCAACAGCAACAUCGGGGGGUAUGCCGAUAAUGAAGAGCUUGUCGGUGGUCGUGAUGCCCACGCACAUGCUUCCUGGAGCGUCGGCUCCGAUGGCACCUGGUACCAUGUCAGCAUACUUCGACCAGAUCGAGGAAGGAGACGAGGACGAAGGGGGCAUCUUUUUCUAG